UCCUUCACACCGAGACAGGGGGAAAAGACUGAAUAAAAGGAAACCGAGCCCGUGAGCCUCUAAUGACCACGAAACCUCUCGGAGGGGACUAGAUCCGCCGAUAUUGGAUAUUUCUCCCGUUUUCUACUGGUUCCCACGCGCUCCCCCGGUGUGGAUUAUCCAGUUUGGCACUUGGGCGGACGGAAUGGAUAAGGCCAUGGCCCUAACAUAUUGAAUAGCUCGCUGGUGGUGGGGGGGAGGCGAGACGCGCACCGUGGAGACAAUUCAUGGGGCAUUAUGCGGGGAGGAAAAUGGUGGAUUAUUUGCACUGUAUCAUAAAAACGCUUCCCCGCCUGGAUAUCCUGCCUUAAGAAGCGGUUUGGUGUGUUUUCUGAGCCUGUCUUGCUCGUGUCUUCAUUUCGGAGGUCGUGUUAUAGCGGUAGGUAGGUAGGUACCCCCCUCCCCUUACUCCCCCCUUCAGCUCGAUCCGAACGACCUUAUCCAUUUCUUCAUUUUUAUAUACAUGUGGGAUCCUCGAGUCGCUAAAGCUGUCUGAAAGUAACAUUUGGGAUCAAUAAACUGCUGGAUUACUGAACUAUGGAUUUCAACAGCGGCGGUGGCGGAGGCAACGAGCUGCACAACAACCAGUUUUAUCACUGCGAGGAGAACAAGCCUCUGCUGGGGGAGAUGUCGGAGGGGAAUAAUAACACCAAACUGGGCGCGGGGCCGUGCAAGAGGUCCCUGCACCACUGCAGCAGCAGCGGGAUGCGAUACAAGCUGCUCCACGAGGGGGACAUCCAGGUGUGCGUGGUCAAACACCCCCGCACCUUCCUGAGCAAGAUCCUCACCUCCAAGUUCCUGCGGAGAUGGGAGCCGCACCACCUCACGCUCACAGACAGCAGCCUGACCUCGGCCACACCCACCGGCUACAUGGAGACGUCAUUGUCCUACAGCUCCAUAGAGGACCUGCAGCUCCUUUCAUGGGACAACGCUCCCAAGUACUGUGUCCAGCUCAGCUUCCCUGGUGGCACCGUCCUGCUGCAGGCUGCAAACAGCUACUUGAGGGACCAGUGGUUUCACUCCCUGCAGUGGAAGAAAAAGAUAUACAAGUACCGUAAGGUCCUAAACAACCCAAGCCGCUGGGAUGUGGUGUUGAAGGAGAUCCGAGCGCUGGUGGACAUGGCACUGACCUCACCACUGCAGGAUGAGUCCAUCCAUCAGGCCCCGCUGCACAUCAUCUCCACCCUGCUGGCAGAGAACUCUAAUCUCAGCACUCAGGAUCAUGAGAACAUCAUUGUGGCCAUCGCUCCUCUCCUGGAAAACAACCACCCACCACCUGACCUGUGUGAGUUCUUCUGUAAGCACUGUCGGGAGCGUCCUCGGUCGAUGGUUGUGAUUGAAGUGUUCACUCCUGUGGUCCAGAGAAUCCUCAAACAUAACAUGGAUUUUGGAAAGUGCCCUCGACUGCGUCUCUUUACUCAGGAGUACAUCCUUGCUCUCAAUGAGCUGAACGCUGGGAUGGAGGUUGUCAAGAAGUUUGUUCACAGCAUGCACGGGCCGACCGGGCAGUGCCCCCACCCACGCGUCCUGCCAAACCUGGUGGCUGUGUGUCUCGCUGCCAUUUAUUCCUGUUAUGAGGAGUUCAUCAACAGUCGGGACAACUCCCCCAGCCUGAAGGAGAUCAGAAACGGUUGCCAGCAGCAAAAUGACCGCAAACCUCCUAUGCCUCUCCGACUGCUUCGUCCAGAGCCUCCCACGCCGCCUCCCACCACUCUUCUCCCUCUCUCUGCGAACCCCAGUCCCCCUCAGCUACCCCCCUCUGCCCCCUCAAACCCCACCCCUCCCAUCUCCUCCCCUACACCCUCCCUGCCCCUCUCCCCUCCUCCAUCUGUCGUCAACUCUAGCGAGAUCCUGGUGGAGCUGGAGCGAAACAACAAUUCAGCCAACACCAAACGGAAGGGAGGGCCAUCAGGAGGCGACAGUGAGCCCAACCUCAUCGACUGUCUGCUGGUCAGCCCGGCCGUGAACACUCUGUCCAUCCAGCUGCCAGCGCAGGCUGACCGUGUGCUGGGCUGCUUCGCUCUCAUCCUGAAGAUGCUGUCGGACUACGAUGACUGGAGACCUGCUCUGGCCAGCCUGCUGCAGCCCAUCCCCUUCCCUAAAGAGGCUCUUGCACAUGCCAAAUUUACAAAGGAACUAAAAUAUGUUAUUCAGAGGUUUGCAGAGGAUCCAAGGCAGGAGGUGCACUCCUGCCUGCUCAGUGUGCGUUCAGGUAAAGAUGGCUGGUUCCAGCUCUACAGUCCAGGAGGCGUGGCCUGUGACGAUGAUGGAGAGCUGUUUGCCAGCAUGGUCCACAUCUUGAUGGGCUCCUGCUAUAAGACAAAGAAGUUCCUGCUUUCUCUGGCUGAAAACAAGCUGGGCCCCUGCAUGCUGCUGGCCCUGCGGGGGAAUCAGACCAUGGUGGAGAUCUUGUGUCUGAUGCUGGAGUACAACAUCAGUGAGAACAAAGACACACAGCUGCAGAUCAUCUCCACGCUGGAGAGCACCCAGGUGGGCCUGCGCAUGUACGAGCAACUCUGUGACCGCCAGAGAGAGCUCAAAGAACUGCAAAGGAAAGGAGGCCCCACCCGGCUCACUCUGCCCUCAAAGUCCACGGAUGCAGACCUGGCCCGUCUGCUAAGUUCAGGUUCUUUUGGGAACUUAGAGAACCUGAGCCUGGCCUUCACCAACGUCACUAGUGCCUGUGCAGAGCAGCUCAUUAAGCUGCCUUCACUCAAACAGCUCAACCUCUGGUCCACACAGUUUGGAGAUGCAGGACUGAGGUUGUUAUCAGAACAUCUGGCCUGUCUGCAGGUUCUGAACCUGUGUGAGACUCCUGUCACUGAUGCUGGUCUGCUGGCGCUCAGCUCCAUGAAGAGUCUUUGCAGUCUGAACAUGAACAGUACCAAGCUCACAGCGGACACAUAUGAGGACCUCAAGGCCAAACUGCCCAACCUGAAGGAUGUUGAUGUUCGGUACACGGAGGCCUGGUGAUCAAUCCAGUCACACACCUUUCAUACAUAUCCGGACUAAUACAUAAACACAUGCAUACACUGCAACCAGGCUCAGAUAUGAGACAUUGCCGCCAACAUACGACCAGGAACUUACAUCAUUUGAUCAGAGGACCGCCAGAUGUGACUAGAACAUUUCUGACUCUGAGCCCUCCUCGGACAUCAUCCCCAACCUCUGCAGUGACAUCAAUACCAGGAAGGAAUCAGCUUCACUAUCACCUGUUUUGUACAUGAGAGGUCUCUCUGGACCUCUCCGCUCCCCUUACUCUUGUCAGCGAUGUUCCAGGACCUACUUUUUACCGACAUGAACAGAGGACAUGCAAGGACCCACUCUAUUGUGACAUAAGGGACCCUCAUUUCUCUAUGUCUGCAACCUUUUGCCCUAUUCUUUAUAAAUAGUCUCUCAGUUUUCCUAUUCGGUCUAAAUCCACUCUGCAGCAGUUGCCCUCCCACCUCUGUGCUCACUGAAAGCCUUUUCCUUUUUCUCUCUGCUGCCAUCGUGUGAUGAAGACCGGAUACAGCAGCUCACAUUCCAGUUUGUCUCUGAUCUGAUCCAAAAUGUAGCUCUUCAAAAACAGACUUGUUUAGCUGUUAAUUACUUUAGUCUGACUAUCUUUUUUUAUUUAGUUUUCACUCUCGAGUAUCGAAUAUUUAUUUGGAAAAUGAGGUCCUACCUCCACAAAAAAGAAGCGUUGUGCCUAGUCCUCAUUCAUGACACACAAAAAGAGAAAAAAACAAGGUUUUUAUCAAGUUGAAUGAGCAUAUUUUUCCAGACAUCUGUGCUUUCAUAUAAUGUGUGUUUCUAUAUGAUGAAGAUAAUGCCCCGGUGAAAACAUUUCGCAACCAUUUCAGGAGCUCUGCAGGAAAGUUUGUUCUUCUUUCAUUAAUUUUCUGUGUACAUGAUCUCCUAAUACUAUUUAAUAGGACAGUUGUGUAGCAUUAGCUGGGUGGUCUGGGACUGCCUGAUAUUUAUAAGUUAUGUCUUUCAAACCUCCUUUACUCUAUCCUCUGGACUAAGUCCUGACAGUAAUGAAGUACACAGGUCUUUCUUUUUCUAACAACUCAAGAAGCCACCAAACAGGCUGCCUGAACAUACAUGGAUCUCUGUGCACCGUGCCAUGGUGGCAACAAUGACCUGCAAAGUGAACUGCAGCAAAGUGGACCUGAAAACAAGACCCAUCACCAGCUGAGAGUUGUAUAUUUUCAUACCCUUUGCAUUUUGUCUUUGGCUCCGUCUAAGGCUGUUUUUGAAAAGAAGAAAGGACUCUUGCCAAACAUCAUCAUUAUAGUUUUGUGCACUUGUUUUACGAGGCCAACAUGAGCGUGGUUUCGGUACUGAUUGGUGGACCUGCCUGUGGAGAGAGACACUGACACUGUAAGGAUCCCGUCUCCGACCUGCUGAGGUCAGAGCAAAGAGUCACGGUGCCUCUAGUUGAGCUGUGGAUGAGUUUUCUUUUUAUCUGUUGCACCACCUGUUCUGAAUUGUUCUGCUGUAUUUAUAUUAACGCCAUAAAACAUGGGUGACAUUUUUAGGCUGUAUGGAUGAAUAAUCCUCAUCAAGUUAUGUACAUAUUUUAUCACAAUGGGUGAUAAAGGGACAAAAGAAUGGAAAAAGGCUCCUUUUGGCCAUAUUUGCCCAUCUACAUUCCCUCAAAAAUGUUGCCUGUUUGUUAUGGCAACAUUUCAUCUGAUGUGGUAACUGCCCUGGCACACUGCAAGAUCUCUUUUCCCUCUCUCUUUAGAUGUGGUUUGAUUUGUUUGUUUUGCAGCCCUUUUAGAAAACACAAGUCCACUCUUUUCUCCAGUCAGCCUCGCUCUGACUGCAUCCAUCCAUUUUAUUUAUUUGUGUCCAGAAAGCUUGGGAUGUUUGAGGCAGAAGCUGCAACAGAAGUCAGGAUGCCGUCCACUAUGAGACACUUUGUUUCCUAUUUAUUGGGUGCCAUGACAGUUUUCUGUUCAGGCUGUGGACUCAGUUAGUGUACGGCCAUGUUUUGGUCCCGCUCCAGGACCUUAUGCUCUCUUUCAUAUCCUGUAUGGUGUAUAUACACAAGUGUAUAUAGUCGUCUCCUCCCUCCUCUCUUUAAACCAUUUUUAAAUCCCUUUUCUGUAUUUUCUCUCAGCCUCCUUUCAUCGGCUGGCUGGUGUUGCCUUCAUCUUACAGUAAUGUGUGCGUGUUUGUUUUUUUCACACAAAGUGCACUGUAAUCUAACAAAUCAUGUUUUCAUUAUGUUGAUCAAAUUUCUUUAAUUUGAUCGCUUUAAUCAAACAUUUGUUUUCUGUGUUUUUUUUUUUUGUUUUUUUGUUUUUUGUUUUAUGUUUUUUUUGCAUGUACAUGUUGCCGCAUCAUAUAUACAUAUUUUUUGUAAUUUUGUUUUAUAACAGUUUGGAAUUUGUUAAGGGGUCUGAUCACUAUCUAGUUGAGGUUAAAGACUGAAAUCUAAAGAUCCCAUUCAACUUUUGUCUGACUGGUUGUUAUCACGAUCUGUCAAUGAGCCUUGAGCGAUCCUAUUGGAUGAAGCAGUUAGAGUUUGAUUGAUAAGAGUUUUCUUCGGGCCAGUUAUAGUGCUGGUCCUUUAGACUGAAGCUGCCCCUAGCUGGGAUUUAAGCAUUUUAGACUGACCAAUUUUAAAGUGCAAAAAAGAUUCUUGUUUCCUCAAGAAUUUUGUUUGAAUGCUGCCAGAUAAUCAUAUCAGAGGUUAACCAAACUGAAAGGCUAUUAUUGUUUUUAAAUGUUUUACACAAUAAGAAAAUUAGUCAUUUUAUAGAGCUUUCUUUCAUUAUUUUUCAUUUUUGGAAAAGACUAUUUUUCAAAGAGAGAUGUGAAUGAAAAGAUUGAUAUCACAGAGUUGUCCAUCCACUUUAAUACAAGCCAAAGUUAGCUUAGCUUAGCGUAAAGCUCAGAAACUACAGGAAAUAGCUUGCCUUAAGACAGAAGUCACCUACUACAACAUUUAGUCUGAUUUGUAUAUCUCAGUGCUUAAAGAAAUCACUGCACUAUGCCAAGGGAGAAUUUGCCAGUACAAACUCCCCUCUAAAUGCAGUUUGUGCCCAAUUUGACUUUUCAGUCUAUCAGUGCUGCAAGAUAAGUCUUUUUACAUUAGAGCAGGGGUUCUCAACCUGGGGGUUGGGACCCCCUUGGGGGUCAUAAGACACUAAGAGGGGUCACCAGAUGACUUCCAAAAUGGCAUUGUAGAUUUUACACAUGCAUAGAGUUAGUUAAUGUAACAUUAAAAAACUGAUCAUUUGGUGAGAUUUGUGCUAAAAUCAAAGCAAUAUUUAAGAAAUCCUUAAACUGUAAGUCGGUGCACACCUAUUCUUGAAUGUGCAUGGCUGUGUUCAACUAUGCUUCAACUACCUCUAGGUACAGUGAGGGCCCCUGGUCUUUGGCACCUUUAUUUUGGGGGUUGCGGGCUAAAAAGUUUGCCUUAGAGUAUAGCCAUGCUAACUAGCUAAUCUCUUUCAAGUCUUUAUGCUAAGCUAAGCUAACUAACUAGCUACCUGUAGCCUCAUACUUAGAUUAGGGACAUGAGAGUGGUAUCAGUCUUCUCAGCAAACUCCACAUCAAGGCAAAUAUUACCCACAUACAUAUAUCAAUCACUUUUAAAGGAACUGGUCAGCCUUUCCCAGAACUCUACCCUCAGUUUUGUUGCCUUGUUGAGCUGCCACUCACCCAGCCUGGGGCCAGUACGUGGAACGCUUUUGUAUUCCUGUUGAUAAAAAUGGUUGAAAAGAAGCACCUCCUCUUUUCUGUCAUGUCUCCAUAUCCUGUGGAGCUCACUUUGCUUUCCAUCCUGAUCUCUUGACCUUUAAUCCCUCUGACAUUUUUUAUCCCCCUCAAACUGUAAAGAGUUUCUACCAUGUUGGAGUCAUGUACAGCUGUAUUCGAGUCUUAACAGUUGUUAUGGAAGGAAAAGGGUCAGAUGCAGCAAAGCCUGACUUAUCUGACUGACUGAAAAACAACUCAAUUUCCCAUAAUACCUUGUAGUAAAACCUGUUUUGGCAGCUGGAAAAGGGGCACCCAUCAUGUUUCUCUCUCUUUUUCAGUCUUUCUCCGCAUUGAUCUGCUUCUCCUGCUGGGUUAUUAUUAUUAUUAUUGCUGCUGCUGCUGCUCUGUGGCUGUUGUAAUAAAAAUACAAAAGAUCUUCAAAAGGAAAAUAACAACUAUGAUGUGAAAUAAUUUCAAUCAGAAAUAAAUUGU